CGAGCCCUGCGGCUUCGAGGCCACGUACCAGGAGCUGGCGAGCGCCGUGCGGGACGAGUACCCUGACAUCGAGAUCGAGUCACGCCUGGGGGGCACCGGUGCCUUUGAGAUCGAGAUCAACGGGCAGCUGGUCUUCUCCAAGCUGGAGAACGGCGGCUUUCCCUACGAGAAGGACCUGAUCGAGGCCAUCCGCCGUGCCCGCAAUGGGGAGCCCCUGGAGAAAAUCACCAACAGCCGCCCCCCCUGCGUCAUCCUGUAGCCCCCCGAGCACAGCGGGGUCCCCCCAGGCUGCCCCUCGCCCCCUCCCUUAAAUCCCUGCGUGCCCAGGGGGCUCAGGAGCCUCCUGGGGUGGCACUGGGAAGGGCAGAGCUGUGGCACAGGCGGCACCGGGGUUGUUCUGUCCCCUGCCCCACCUGCUGUGGGGUGUAGCCGUGGUUUGGGGGGUCUCCAAGCUGCCUUUGCCUUCCUCCCUGAGGGGGCACGGGGUUGGCAUCUCCCCUCCCUCAUGCCCUGGGAAUGGGGGGUCUGCCAUGGACGGAGCAGCUGCCAGCAGGGGAAUUCCAAAGGGAAUCCAUCCGCUGGCUGUGAAUUCCCUGGAAUUUGUUAAUGAUUAGAGCCCCUCGCACUGUUUAAUCCCAGGCAGGGCGGCCAUGGGGGAAGCCCAGGUGUGUUCACACCCCCUGCUCAUUCCCAGGCUCAUUCCCAGGCUCAUUCCCAGGCUCCCAGCCCUGCUUCCUGCCUGGAAUGAGCCUGCCCUUGGCCUCGGGGUGGGGGGGGGGGUCCCCUAUUUAUUCUAUACUGUGUAUAAUGGGCGGAAUAAAGGCUGGAGAAUGUG